UGGAGUUGUUUCCUCAGCGAAUCAACCGACUUGAUUUGAGAAACCAGCUAGAACAACACCCAAACACACACACACACACACACACCUAACGACCGACGGUAAAAAAAGAACGAAAAUGUCUUUCCUCAUCGCACCUAGCCAAUGGGAUGACUUUGAGCAACUCUUCGACAAGCUGGUCACUGACCGCUACGGGCCGCCUUCUUCGGACCGGGCCUGCAAAGGCACGACUAAGACGCUCGACAGUAGUACGGGCUCCCAUAGGGUGAGCAGGAUCCAGCGUCCCAAGAUGGAUGUCGUAGAGACCGAUGGCUCGAUCGUCGUCACCACCGAGUUGCCGGGCGCUAAGAAAGAGGACAUCUCUAUUGACCUCCAGAACGGACGUUUGUCUAUCAGCGGCCACACCAAAGCCUCGAGCGAGCAUUCCGAGGGCAGUGUCAGAGUUUCCGAGAGAUCAUUCGGCUCCUUCAGUCGCUCCAUCGCCGUCCCACCGGGCCUCACCCACGACCAGGUCAAGGCUGGCUUCAAGGACGGCGUGCUCGAAGUCACUAUGCCUAAGACCGUCCCUAACAAGGAAUCGCACUGCAUCCCGAUUGCUUAG